UUCAAGUUUUGCCGCAAUCCGAAUGCUUAUGAUGGAUGUGCCUAGUCCAACAAAUUACGGUGAAUCUGUCGAGCUGAUCUGCAGUUAUCAGUUGGAUGGAGAUAAAUUGUAUUCAGUGAAAUGGUACAAAGAUGAUGUAGAGUUCUUCAGAUAUGUUCCUAAUGAUUGGCCACCAGGGCAGUUCUUGCCUAUUCAAGGAGUUAGAGUGGAUUUAUCAAAGUCUGGUAGUCAAAGCGUUUAUCUAAGGCAUGUUGAUUUAAAUAGUGCCGGAAUCUAUCGCUGUGAAGUAUCGGCAGAAGCUCCCGAGUUCCAAACUGUCGAAGCUGAAAAAGAAAUGAAAGUUUUAGUUUUACCUACAGAAGGUCCUCGAAUUACGGGAGGUCUACCCAAGUACAAAGUUGGUGAUAUCGUUCUUGUAAAUUGCACAUCUUCCAAAUCAAAACCAGCUGCAAAUCUAGAAUGGUACAUUAAUGAUGAACUUAUCACUGGUAAAAAGGAGUCCUUGUAUCAAUUGGAGUCUGCAACCACAUUUCAUUUGGGUGGUCUGGAGUCAUCCAGUUUAAGUCUGAAAUUUCGAGUGAAUGAGCAACAUUUCCACAAGGGUAACAUGAAACUUAAAUGCACAGCCACUAUAUCUAGAGUAUACACAAUGAGUAACGAGGAACUGGUAUUUAGACAGCAAAGCUCAGGUCUUCAUAUCAUGGAAAACAUGAGCCGAGUGAGAAAUACAAGCUCAAAGAUAUUUCACACAAAUAUGGAACAAUAUACUGUAAUAGCUUACUUGAUGCUCAACAUUUUGGGACGACUGAUGCCUGAUUUUUGGACUAGGAUUUUGUACCCAUUUAUUGUACAAUGAAAGUGUGAUAUAUCAGUGAAUUAUUUUUUUGUGAACUGUGAUAUGACAAUCUGUACAUCAGGUGUUACAACAGCAUUCCUCCUAAGCCCGUCUAAUUGUCUGUGUUAUAUGGCAUCAUCUGUUCUUGGUUGCUUCAUUGAACAUAUGAUCUGACUUUAAAAACGAAUUAAAUCUUAAAGAUAUCUUUUACAAAAACUGAUAUCACAAAAAUGAGAAGUAUGUAACAGAAAUUUUGGAACAAAUUAUCUGAGUUGGCUAUUGAUAAACAUAACAAAGUCAUAUAAUUCUAAAAACAUGUCGUUUAUGAGUUAGGGUGCCCCACCAUAGUCGAGCACCCCAUUCUAGGGAGAAUUAGGAGGUUUUUUAUAGUGGCCACCCCAAUGACCACAUCAUGGCAGAAUAAUUUUCAAUUUCAAUGUUAUAAAGGAUUACAAUUUUAAAUAUAUAAUUCCAAUAGGUUAGUCAGGUGAUUGAUGAUUUCGAUUUUGCUUAUUUCAAUAUUUCAUAAAACCCUUUCUAUGAAUUUAAUGUACUUCAUGAAGUGUCAUUGUGUCGGACACUAUAUAUAGCUUCCUAACUUUCCCAAGACGGGGGUGUAUAGCUUUGAUAGUCAGAGCAUCCUACUACCUUGGCUCGAAUACCACUAUCAGCCGGCAAUACUUUCACAGAAUUAUCCAUUCAUAUCACUUUCUAGACCAUGCAUUUUUCUCAAAAAUAAGCAUAUAUUAUUUCAAAGUGAAAUGUAUUCUGCAAAGUAAAAUGCAUGACUUCUUAGUCGACUAAAAGCUAUCUCAAUUUUUCUCACAUGAAGUGUAAAACACGUGUUUAUUUUAGAGUAUAUGCAUAUUGAUAUUUCAAAUUUCUGUACUGCCAGGUUGUCAUGCUUUAAAACAUUUAAAUAGUAAACUAUUUUAAAUACACAAGUGGGCGAUCUUUGUGCUAAAAUACGAACUAAGGUAGACAACGUUAAA